GUCUGAUGAAACCUGAAAUCAAAAAUGUCGCAGCGCAGUCUGUUGCGGGUUGCCGGCCGUAUUCGGUUUCGCAGUGGCACCGGUGGUACGCAGGCAGUGCAGUCGCAGCGAUGUUAUGUUUUUUAAGUAUUUUUUAGGUUAAAUUUAAGGUUAUAUUUUAUUCAAAUAUCAACCUGAUGACAAUGAAAACAAAUUGUUGCGUGUGUUUAUGUUGAUUUUUUACUGUUGUAUAAAUUUUUGUAAAAUCUACCAAUCAUGUCAUUGAUAUUGGAGAAACUCUGCAAAAGCAUUCUGCUUGAACACUUCGGACCAAUUGUUGAACAAACUGCUAGUGAUUUGUUUCAACAUGGGCCAAGAACUUUAGGGCAAAUGAGAAGCACCAUAAAACUCCCAAUAUCAAAGAUAAAGGAAUCUUUAUGCGUUCUCAUUAAGUUUGGAAUUGUUUUUUACGAACAAACUGAACGAGGCUUAAUUUAUAAUUUAGACACAGACAAGAUUAUUACAAUCUUGAGGUAUCCAAGGUACAUGUAUUUUGUUGAAAACUGUUGUGGCAAUGAAGCAGAGAUGAUGCUGGAAGAAGUUCUGAAAAAUGGCUACGAUACUGCAUCUCAAAUAAUUGUCAAAACUUAUAAAAAAUUAGAACAAUUUCCACCUGAAAGGCGGUCAUCAGUUCCUGUUUUAAAAGAUAAAUUUGAACUACUUGUCAAAAAUCAGUUCUUAAUGCGUAGUCUAUGUUCCGAUAUCUUGAGCGAUGUUCCUACAGAUAAACCAGACUUUAGUAUGCCAUCGCUCAACAUUAAGGCUCUUACACGCCUCACUCAGGGUAAUGAAACAGAGCCAGCAGGAGACAGUAAUAUAUACUGGAAAGUCAAUAUCGACAGGUUUACGCAAGACUUAAGAGAUCAAAUUUUAGUCAAAUCAAUAAUGAAUAGAAUAGAUGACAGUGCUGGAGAAUUAAUGAGACAACUCUUGUAUCUCAUGUAUUUGCGAACAGCAUCGUGGGCUGAUACAUCGAUUCCUAUACCAGUUACUGAAAUAAAGGAUGCAAUGAAAAAAAAUUUUCCAUCUAUACUGCCACAUCUUGACCAGUAUCUGCGAAUCAUAGAAGAAGACUCGAGCCAGUUUAUACAAAGAGUCGGAGAUUCUGGAGGAGGACAGUACAGUGUGAAUAUGAAAGAAGCUUUUCAUCAAUUAGCAUGGGCAGUUUUAGAAAAUGUAGUUAUGGAAAGAUUUGGAUCCAAGGCUGCUAGAAUUUUCAGGUUAAUACGGAGUCACAAGUAUAUCGAACAAGAAAAAAUUAAUCAAAUAGCCAUGAUACCUGCAAAGGAAGCCAAAAUUUUGACUUUCAAACUGUUGGAGGAAAACUUUUUACAAAUACAUGAACUGAAAAAAGCUGGAGUAUCCACUGCGCCAACAAAAAUAUUUUUCUUAUUUCACAUCGAUCUCAACCAGGUUGUGAGAAUGACGAUCGAACAUUGCUAUCAUGCUCUUUAUAAUGUUAUCCAAAGAAGAGAACACGAAAUGACCAGUAAUAAAAGAAUAAUCGACAAAGAAUUGAGAAUAAAAACGCUGACUGCUAAUUUAAAAGAGCACGGCGCGACUGAAGAGCAAUUAGCCGAAAUUGCGGAAAUGAUGACUCCAUCGGAAAGGUUGCAGAUUGAGCGAGUCCACGAAGUUAUUAAGAAACUAGGAACUAAUGAAUUUUGCAUCGACGAUACUCUAUUUGUAUUGCAAAUGUAUAUACGUUACCACAGGUGAUUUUCUAUAGAAUCACACGAUGUUAUAGUUUAUUUUAUGGAGAUACCAUCCGUAAGCCUCUUUUUACAAAUAAAUUGAUUUAUUUUACAAAGAAGAAUAAAAACACAAUUGAUUUAUAUAGAUAUUUAUUUAUAUGUAAUAAUGAAUACGCUUGUAAAAUACAAACAACAAA